AUGGCGACCACCAUCACCAGGCUCUUGCACCACCUAGCACUCUUCCUCCUCGUUGUCCAGUUCGCCGACGCAGUUCUCACCCCAAAGACCAAGAACCACGCUGCUCUGAAGCCUCAGUCAUCGAGCACCACCUACAUCGUCCAUGCCAACGACCUCGCCAAGCCGCCCCACUUCGGCUCCCUGGAGGAGUGGUACCAUUCCAUGGUGACCACCCACGCCUCUUCCACUCGGGCGGCGAGCUCCAGCGGCAUCCUGUACACCUACGACACCGUCAUGCACGGCUUCGCGGCCCAGCUCACUGGCGACGAGGCCCGGCUCAUGUCCAGCGCGCCCGGUGUCAUCGGCAUGUACAAGGACAGGGUGCUGUACCCUCAGACCACGAGGUCGCCUGGGUUCAUGGGCCUCCAACCCGGCAACGGCGCCUGGAAGCAGACCGACUUCGGUGACGGCGUCGUCAUCGGCUUCAUCGACACUGGCAUAUGGCCCGAGAACGCGAGCUUCAACGACAGCGGGCUCGGCCCAGUCCGGUCGAGCUGGCGGGGCAAGUGCGUCGACGCCCACGGCUUCAACGCUAGCUUGUGCAACAACAAGCUAAUCGGCGCCAAGGCCUUCCACGCUGCCGCGGACGCCAUGGCGGGGAGCGCGAGCAGCACGUACCUGGCCUCGACUGUACAGUCCCCGAGGGACAAGAACGGACACAGCACGCACGUGGCCUCGACGGCCGCCGGCUCUGAGGUCCAGAACGCCAGCCUCUACACGUUCUCCCAGGGUACCGCGUGGGGAAUGGCACCCAGGGCGAGGAUUGCCAUGUACAAGGCAUGCGACGACAAAGGCGAAUGCCAGAAUGCGGACAUCGUAGCAGCGGUGGAUGCUGCGGUGAAGGACGGCGUUGACAUCGUUUCCAUGUCCCUCGCAAACCUUAGUCCCAUACCCUUCCACGAUGACGAGAUCGCAAUCUCCACGUUCGGUGCGGAGCGCAAACGCGUCUUCGUCGUCCUCGGCGGCGGCAAUGGAGGCCCGCGGGCAUCUACCGUGAGCAACUCGGCGCCGUGGAUGACCACCGUAGGCGCCUCCACCGUGGACCGGCUGUUCCCGGCGCACCUCACGCUCGGGGACGGGGUCGUGCUCGCCGGGCAGUCCCUUUAUACCAUGCAUGCCAAAGGGCACGCCCAUGAUCCAAAUCGAGAUGGUUCCGCAACCUAUUCCUUCACCCUUCCGGGUCUCACGCUCAGCUACACCGCUGGCGAGAAGCUCAGGGCGUACAUGGCCUCGGUGCCCUAUCCGGUGGCGUCCUUCAGCUUCGGCUGUGAGACGGUCAUCGGCCACAAGAACCGGGCGCCGGUGGUGGCGGCAUUCUCGUGGCGAGGCCCCAACCCUGUAGCACCCGAGCUCCUCAAGCCCGAUGUCGUCGCGCCGGGAGUGAACAUUCUUGCGGCCUGGUCGGGCGACCAGAAAAGCAACAGCGACGCGCCACUAGCGGAUUACCCCGGAGUCCCCGUCCCCGACGGGACGAGAGUGAACUACAACAUCAUCUCGGGGACUUCCAUGGCAUGCCCGCACGUCGCUGGCAUCGCGGCGCUGAUCAAGAAGAAGUAUCCAAGCUGGACGCCGGUCAUGGUACGGUCGGCGCUGAUGACGACCGCCGCGACGGUUGACAACAGAGGCGGAGACAUCCUCGACAAUGGGCACGGGGCCACCGUGGGCCGCACCGACAACGUCAGGAUCGCGACGCCGCUGGUGGCCGGGGCCGGGCACGUCCAGCUGGACCCGGGUCUCGUCUACGACGCCGGCGCGCGCGACUACGUCGACUUCCUCUGCGCCCUGAACUACACCGCGAAACAGAUGCGGCGAGCCGGCGAUUCGUUCCGGACUUCUUGCACGGGAACGCUCGCCGGCGGCCCCGCCGGCCUCAACUACCCGUCAUUCGUCGUGGCUUUCGACAGCCGCACCGACGUCCGCACACUGACACGGACGCUGACCAAAGUGUCCGAGGAGGCAGAGACGUACAAUGUCACUGUCGUGGCGCCGCAGCACGUGAAGGUGACCGUCACGCCGACAACCUUGGAGUUCAAGGAGCAUAUGGAGACGAGGAGCUACUCGGUGGAGUUCAGAAACGAAGCCGGAGGGAACCAGGAGGCAGGCGGGUGGGGCUUCGGGCAGAUCACCUGGGCGAACGAGAAGCAUAAAGUCAGGAGCCUGGUGGCGUUCCAGUGGAACAACUGA